GUUUGAAAAUAGAAGCUGCUAAAACCUGUGUUAGCUCAGUCAAAGAUCAGCGCAAGAUCUUCAGUUACAAAAUGACUCGAGCAGAGCAUUAACCAAACCUUGUACUGUUCCUUUAACACAAGCACGUGGUACCUGCAAACAUCCGGUUUAUAGAAAAUGAAAAUACACUUCCAACAUCGCUCUGACAAUCAGCUUUGAUGCACGGAGUCUUGACAAACUGUAAUUACGCUUUCUCACAUAGUUUCCAUGUUGUCGAAAUACGAAGGCACGAAGUCGACCUUUUAAUCUGCUGUGUGGUGUCGACAGAUGGAGGCUGGAAGUAUUGUUGAGUGCAGAGAGGACAUUUCCUCCCUGUUCCCUGAACAAACGCCCGGAGCCAAACACAAAGAUUUAAGCAGCCAGUUUUCCUCCGUGAGACAAGUGCGCGGGGAUGGAAACUGCUUCUACAGAGCCGUCUGCUUCGCUCACUUGGAGUCAGUCCUACACAAUGCUAGGAGCUUGCAGAGAUUCAAGGACAAAAUUAUUCAGAGCGGCAACGUUUUGUCCUCAGCUGGAUUUGAUGAGAGUUUCUUCAAGCACCACCUGAGCACACUCGUAGAUGUUGUGGAGCGGUGUCAGACCGAUGAGCAGGAAAACACUCUGCUCAGGCUCUUCAAUGAGCACAAGACCUCGGACAGUGUGGUGCAGUACCUCAGGCUGCUCACUUCAGCACAUCUGCGAAACCAUGCAGACUUCUUCUGCAAUUUUGUGGAGUCACCUGAUCUGCAUGCCUACUGUCACCAGGAAGUGGAGGCCAUGGCGAUGGAGUGUGAUCAUGUGGACAUCUUAGCUCUGGCGCAGGCUCUGGAUAUUUGCAUCCACAUAGUCUCUAUGGAGGGUGAUGAAGAGAAGUUGGCUCACCACAUCAUUCCAGAGGGUGCUGAACCUUCCCUGCACCUCCUCUACAAAACGUCACAUUACAACAUUCUCUACCCGUAACCUCAGCGCUGACCAGUGGUCCA